GGGGGCGGGCUGCCGUUCCUCCUGCCAAGCCCAGCCGCACCUGUGGACAGCUCCGAGCCCUGCUCUUCCCUUCUCUCCUCUUUGUUCCGGCCCGAGGCAGAGCCCCCUUCCCCCCCCCCCCCGCUUGUGAGUGUAGCAGGCAAAGGGGCCCGGGGAGGGAAAGCGAGCGAGCCGAGGAAGUAAAAAUGAAAAGAAGAACAGAUCCUGAAUAUGGCAGCCCACAGAAAAGGCAGAAAAAAAGGAUAGAAGAGUUGGGUUUGACUCUUAGUUCCACAUCAGAUGAUGAAACCCAACUUAAUAUUAACCAUGCAACUCAAGAUUCUUCCACCACAAGCAGCAGUGAAUCCGAUAGUGAGAACAGUGGGAGGCGGCCUUCUCUUGGCACUUUCAGCAAUAAUUUCAGUGCAGAUUCCCUUGUGGAGGGCACAUCAUCCCGCUACUCUAUGUACAACAGUGUGUCCCAGAAGCUCAUGGCUAAGAUGGGCUUUCGAGAAGGUGAAGGUCUUGGCAAAUAUGGCCAGGGAAGGCAAGAGAUUGUGGAAGCCUCACAACAAAAAGGAAGGCGUGGAUUGGGACUCAUUCUGAAAGGAUUUGAUGGAGAGAUGAACAUCAACUGGCAAGAUGAGCCAGAGGCUAGUGCUUAUGAGCAGGUGGACUGGUGCCCGGAAUGUACCACAGAAAUUCCAGAUGCUGAAGAAAUGAAAGAUUGGAUGACGAUAGGAAAGAAGAAACUGGUGAUUGAUGAUGAAACGGAAUUCUGUGGACAAGAACUCAUACACAGCAUGCUCCAGUGCAAGACUGUUUUUGAUGUGCUGGAUGGAGAGGAGAUGCGCCGAGCUCGUACAAGAUCAAAUCCCUAUGAGAUGAUCCGCGGAGCUUUCUUCCUAAAUAGAGCUGCAAUGAAGAUGGCAAACAUAGAUUAUGUCUUCGACCACAUGUUUACAAACCCAAAGGAUUCUCGUGGGAAACCACUAAUUAAAGAGAGUUCUGCUGAACUGCUAUAUUUUGCUGAUGUAUGUGCUGGCCCUGGUGGUUUCUCAGAAUAUAUCCUCUGGAGGAAGAAGUGGCAUGCAAAAGGUUUUGGGAUGACCUUAAAAGGACCAAACGAUUUCAAAUUGGAAGAUUUCUAUGCUGCAUCUAGUGAGCUUUUCGAGCCUUACUAUGGUGAAGGGGGUGUUGAGGGAGAUGGCGACAUCACCCGUCCUGAGAACAUAUCUGCCUUUCAGCAGUUUGUGCUGGACAACACUGAUCAGAAGGGGGUGCAUUUCUUAAUGGCCGAUGGGGGCUUCUCAGUAGAAGGGCAGGAAAACAUCCAAGAGAUUUUAAGCAAACAGCUGACGCUUUGUCAGUUCCUCACAGGACUCUCUGUUAUACGGACAGGAGGGCAUUUUCUCUGCAAAACCUUUGACUUAUUCACACCAUUCAGUAUUGGCCUUGUGUAUUUGUUGUAUUGCUGCUUUGAACGUGUAUCAAUCUUCAAACCUGUGACAAGCCGUCCUGCCAAUUCGGAAAGGUAUGUGAUAUGCCGUGGUUUAAAAGCUGGAAUUGAAGAAGUGAGAGACUAUCUUUUCACAGUGAACAUGAAAAUGAACCAGCUACGCAACUCUGACCAAGAUGUUAAUCUUGUUGUUCCUUUGGAAGUAAUCAGAGGCGAUCAUGAUUUCUAUGACUACAUGAUCCGCUCAAAUGAAAGAUUCUGUGCUGUUCAGAUUAAAGCCCUGGCCAAAAUUCCUGCCUUUGUUCAAGACACGACUUUGAAUGAACCACGUCAAGCUGAUAUCCGAAAAGAAUGCCUCCGACUUUGGGGGAUUCCAGAUCAAGCCCGAAUUGCUCCAUCCUCUUCUGAUCCCUUGUCCAAAUUCUAUGAACUAACUCAGGGUACUAACGUAGAGAUCUUUAGUUAUAAAUCAACUCCUCUCAACUCAAAAACUUUGCACAAAAUUCGACCGGUGCUGGAUUACAGAUGCAUGGUAUCGGGAAAUGAGCAGAAGUUCCUUCUGUCAUUAGGGAAGUCUCAGAUAUACACUUGGCUUGGUCGCCAAUCAGACCGCUGGACCAAACUGGAAUUGAAGAUAGAACUGCCACGGGAUACACUUCUUUGUGUGGAAAUUGUUCCUGAGCUGAAAGGAGAGGGCAAAGCCCAGCGAAAAAUCCACGCCAUCCACAUCCUGGAUGCUUUGGUGCUGAAUGGCAGUGAUGUUAAAGAGCAGCAUUUCAAUCAACGAAUUCAGCUGGCAGAAAAGUUUGUGAAAGCUGUCUCUAAACCUAGCCGUCCAGAUAUGAGCCCCAUCAGAGUGAAGGAAGUGUACAGGCUAGAGGAUAUGGAAAAGAUCUUUCUGAGGUUAGAAAUGAAGGUUAUCAAGAGCUCAGGUGGAAUCCCACGGCUAUCCUACACUGGUCGUGAUGACAGGCAUUUUGUACCUUUUGGAUUGUACAUCGUUCGGACUGUCAGUGACCCCUGGACAAUGGCAUUCAGCAAAACCUCUAACAAAAAGUUUUUCUACAAUAAGGCAACAAAGAAGUCCACGUACGACCUGCCUCCAGAGUCUGUAGCACCAUUUCACAUUUGUUACUUUGGUCGCCUCUUCUGGGAAUGGGAUGAUGGUAUCAAAAUGCACGACUCUCAGAAAAAAGAAGAUUCAGAGAAACUAUCGAAAGAAACUGUUCUAUCCUUCAUCAGACGACAUUUCAUCCUGUGAUUACUCUCUUGUCACAUCUUAGAGUAUGGGGAAUGAUCCAGGUGUGGAAUAGUCAGCAGGGAGCCACGGAGAAAAACACUUUUCAAAGUGGUUCGAUUGGAUGAUAAGGACUCAAUCCAAGAGAAAUGGGAGAAAGCUUUGGAUUGGAAACCGUGCAGUAUAUAAGUACCUGCUUCCUGGCCACGUUAAGACUGGAGCAGUGCACGUUCUUCUGAAUGGAUCAUCACUGGAUCUUCUAGGGCUUCCCCCCUCCCCCGGACAUCUGGGCUCUACUAGUAGGCAACAAAAGAAGAGGAUGCACUGAACACGUGGCAUUUUGUAAAAUGGAAGGCCAGACAACUUUUGACAAAACUAUUUAAAGGAGGACAGAAAAAUGAAUAUACUUUUAGUAAUCUUUCUUGUUCCUUUCUCUGUGAUUCCACUGGGAAGCAUACUUGGUUUUUGUAAUUUGGCUUGUGAAUGCAGCCUAGAGAUUUUUGAGAGUUCAGGUCUUAGCAGGAAGGAACCAGACAGGUAGAAUUUUUGAAUUAGUAAUUUAGGUACACUUGCUGUCAACAUAACUUGCAACUCUCAUCAGAGUUGGACUUUCAUGCUUCUAUGCAAGUAAAUAUAUUAUGCUUUUUCUCACUCUCCACUUUCAAAUAUGGCAAUGCAAGUAUUUUCCUCUCUGAAUUCUAUACCCAGUACUUUCCCUUCAGAAAGUAAAGGAGAUUUGCAAUUUAGAGAAUUGGCUUUAGAGGAACUAUAUAAAUUAGAUCCUGUGAAAGAGCUGCAUACUUCUAAAGAGAGCAUCUUCUUUUGGCUUCAGAAAUUUAAAACUGAACCUUUGCACACAUUGGCAGGAAGAUACUGACUUUGUAAUUGAGUGAGUGGUGCCUAUGUUGUGUUUUAAAGAAAUAUGACUGUCUUGUAAGUGAAGGCAUCAGCCAGGUCUCAGCUCCCAAAGAAAAUGGUCAAAAACGGAUUUGAUGUGGGAAAGCAGAAGUUUCUAUAUAGAUUUUAUCUCCAUUAAAGUUGACUAGCACAGGAGAACUUUUAAAUUCUACACACUGUAGAAAUGAGCAAAAUAUUUGAAUUCAAGAUGUUUUGCGAUUGAAAGAAUUAUUCUAAGUUUAGAAUGGUGGUUCUUACUGGAACUGUUUAAGUCUCAAAACAAUUUUGCUUCAAGUUUGAAAUAGUUUUAUGCUUAUAAUGGGAUGUUUCAGAACAUUUAGACUGUUUGAAACCACUGUUUUGAACUCACAAUAUUUUGAAUUCAGAAAUGUUUGCACACUGCCAGUAAAUCUUAAUCUUAGCUAAAAUAAAUACCGGUAGUUCUAGCUUUCAGAGCCACUUCAAGUAUAGUAUAGCUAAUACUUCACUUUAGCAAUAGCAGUUAUGUAGUUUAAUUGCCAUCAUCUCAUCUCAUCAUAUUUCUAGAUUCCUCUAUUGAAAAUAUAUUGAGAAGAAUGGAAGUUUAAAGCUCUCCUUUUCUUUCAAAGCUGAAGUAUACAAAAGCACUUAAUAUUGGAGAUUCAGUUCUGAGAUUUGCUAAAUCUCUUUUGAGAGUUCGAAAACAAAGAUUUACCUUUUAAGAUUCUUUUGGCAAGAGUUGACCAUGUUUCAAAACAAAUUUCUUUUCCAUACAAUACAAUUUUUUGUCUGAGCAGACUAGAGGGUAAAACAACAAAUUGAGUGUUUAUUUGCAAUAGGAAGUGACAGCGAUUAAAUAAUCUGACAUCUACAGUUCAUAGCCUUGGCUUUAAAAUAAUUUGAUGAGAAACUUUGUCACUUUUUCCGACUAUCCUGAUGCAACCAAUAGGUCAGAGUCAUUUUGCUUUAAAUACAACAGAUGUUAUCAAAUUUUCAGAUUAUAUUUCUAGUUAAGCUCAUCGCAAGUUAGAAUAUUUCAGAAGGAAGAUUUCAUUGCAAGAUUGAUUUUAGUUUCUGUUAUUAAAGAGUGAUUGGUGGUAGAUAAGCUUGUAUAUGGAGUCUGGUACACAAAUUAUCUGCCUUCCUUUUAUUUACUUUGGCUGUAACUAGAGGCCCCGUUUUGGGACCUUCUCCUAGGGAAACUAUUUAAGUGUUUUAAAAAUAUUAAGAGUGUGUGCCUAGAAACCUUAAAACAAAAUUUAUACCAGUCCUGAAAAAUGACUUCAUGUUGAUUCAGAGCCCAAAUGUCCAGAGUACAAAGAGAAAAUUAGAAAGAUUUGAUCAAUUGAUAGUUCAACUUGUUCUUGUUUGUUCUCUUACUGGUCUGUGAAGCGUUGAGGUGAGGGGAAGGAGGUAAAAAUGUCUUGCUGAAAGAAAUGUUUACAGCGUGUGUUCUCUGAACUCAUGUAUCAGUUGUGAUUUCUUGUCCGUUCUUUGCAUUGCCAAUACAAUCCUUAUAAUUUAAAAA